UAGUAUAAAGUUGCUAAAAUUUACUUAAUCAGUCUCUAUUCUUUCAAACGACACUGAACUUUUGUUUUUUUUGGAAAAUUAUUACCAAACAGGUACUCGUAAUACCACCUGUUUGUUUGUGACAAAUUAAUACAAAAAAAAUAGUGAAUUUAUAUUUUUAAAACAAAAAUUUUAUUUCAAAAUAAAAUAUGCAACCAGCAAAGGACGAUCCUUUAACAAAUCCUAAUUUUCAAAAUUCAAUAAGAAUGGCUCAUCAGGAUAUUUCAAUAUCAGCAUCUGAAUCAAGAACUAAUCCAGUAAUAACAACCAGUCCUGCUGGCAAUUCUAGAAUUCAACUGCCGGUAACAACUUCUUCAGCAGAAAGUUUAAAUUUGGGUAGUAGGACAUUUAUACCACGUUCAGGCUAUGAGGUUCUUGAUGAAAUGCCAUCUGUUCAUAUAGAACAAACAUUUGAACUAAAUGAUAAUCUAUCAUCAGUUAACUCUGAAAAUCGUUUCAUAGUAAGAUCACCUUUAGGUGAAGCUUUGUUUGCUGCUUCAGAAAGUUCAACUGAACGCGAUCGAACGAUUUGGGGGGCAAAUAGACCAUUUCAAAUGAUUGUUCUUGAUCGAACACAUCAACCGGCAUUAACAUUUCAACGAAAAAGCGCUAUGGGAUUAGUGAAAUGUCAACAACGAUGUCUAGAAGUAUGGUCACCGCCCGGAGAUCUUUUAGGUGAUAUUGUAGAAGAACCCACAUUUCUUUCAAAUGAAUUUACAGUAAGAGAAAAAGGAUCAAUUUCAUAUAAAAUAAAAGGAGUACCAACAAAUAAAAUUGCAUGUGGUUGUUUUUGUACGCCAUCUGAAGGACAUUUUGAUAUUUAUGGAUUCGAUGGUGAAACUAUAUUUGGUUCUAUUACAAGAAAAUGGAGUUCUGACAUAUCCCAGUAUACAAUGAAUAUUUACUUCACAGAUAUCAAUAUGCCAGUUAAGGCAAAAGCCUUACUAUUAGGUGCUGGUUUUCUUGUGGAGUAUUUAUGUUUUCAAUCGAGAUUCUAAAGAUUUUUAAAUAUUUGUAAAUAAAUUUAAAAUAUAUUAUGUAUGUACAUAAUAUUAAAAAAGCAUUUUUAUUUAUAGUUUGUAAUAUGUAUAUGUAUGUAUGUAGGUAUACAAAUUGAUUUAAUUUUAAUGCUUACUCUAUUUAUCUUUAAUUUAAAUAAAAAACUAUAAAGCAAAAUUUAUGUAUUUGGUAAAUAUUCCUAAUAAAUGUAGAAAAUAUGUACAUAUGUAUGUAUUUUGCCCAAAUGUUAAGCCUUAAAAAAACUCAAAAUUAUAUAUUUUGAUAUUUAGCAAUUUAAGUCAAAUUUACCUUGUUCGAAAUAAGCAAGAAAAAUGCAUAUGUCAGGGCUUCAUGUAUGUAUACUAACUUUACAUGUGUAACUAUAUUUUCCAAUCAAAGUGUAACUAAUUUUACCGUAUAAAUUAAAAAUAUCAUUUGGCUAUAUAAGUAUAGUUGACUAUUAAAACUGUUUAAAUACGCUAUAAUUUUGCAAUAAAUUUUCU